AUGGGGGCGGGGAGAAGCGCGCCUGGGCCGGGACAAACGGAUCCCGAGCGGUUGCGGCAGGCUGGGGAGCUCCGGGCAGUGGGAGUGAGUCGGGUCCUGUGGAGGGAGCGCCGCGCACGGACCUCAAAGAAGACAGGUAGAGCAGGUCCCUUUGCAGCCAUGUCAGCCAAGGCGAUUUCGGAGCAGACGAGCAAGGAACUCCUUUACAAGUACAUCUGUACCACCUCAGCCAUCCAGAACCGGUUCAGAUAUGCCCGGGUCACCCCGGACACAGACUGGGCCCGCCUGCUGCAGGACCAUCCCUGGCUGCUCAGCCAGAGCUUGGUAGUCAAGCCAGACCAGCUGAUCAAACGUCGUGGAAAGCUUGGCCUAGUUGGGGUCAACCUCACUCUGGAUGGGGUCAAGUCCUGGCUGAAGCCACGGCUGGGACAGGAGGCCAUGGUUGGCAAGGCCAAAGGCUUCCUCAAGAACUUUCUGAUUGAACCCUUCGUCCCCCACCGUCAGGCGGAGGAGUUCUAUGUCUGCAUUUAUGCCACCCGAGAAGGGGACUACGUCCUGUUCCACCAUGAGGGGGGGAUGGAUGUGGGUGAUGUGGACGCCAAAGCCCAGAAGCUGCUUGUUGGUGUGGAUGAGAAGCUGAAUCCCGAGGACAUCAAGAAACACCUGUUGGUCCACGCCCCUGACGACAAGAAAGAAAUUCUGGCCAGUUUUAUCUCCGGCCUCUUCAAUUUCUACGAGGACCUGUACUUCACUUACCUCGAGAUCAACCCCCUUGUGGUGACCAAAGAUGGUGUCUACGUCCUUGACUUGGCAGCCAAGGUGGAUGCCACAGCUGACUACAUCUGCAAAGUGAAGUGGGGCGACAUAGAGUUCCCUCCACCCUUUGGGCGGGAGGCGUACCCAGAGGAAGCCUACAUUGCAGACCUGGAUGCCAAAAGUGGGGCGAGCCUGAAGUUGACCUUGCUGAACCCCAGGGGGAGGAUCUGGACCAUGGUGGCUGGGGGUGGUGCCUCUGUUGUGUACAGUGAUACCAUCUGUGAUCUCGGGGGUGUCAGCGAGCUGGCAAACUAUGGAGAGUACUCGGGUGCCCCCAGCGAGCAACAGACCUAUGACUAUGCCAAGACGAUCCUUUCCCUUAUGACCCGAGAGAAGCACCCAGAUGGCAAGAUCCUCAUCAUUGGAGGCAGCAUUGCAAACUUCACCAAUGUGGCAGCCACAUUCAAGGGCAUUGUGAGAGCGAUUCGAGAUUACCAAGGCCCCCUGAAGGAGCAUGAAGUCACAGUCUUUGUCCGAAGAGGUGGCCCCAACUAUCAGGAGGGCUUACGGGUGAUGGGAGAAGUCGGAGAGCCUGUCCAAGAGGCUGUGCUAAGCAGGAAAGAGCCACCUGGUAGAAGGGAGGAGGAUGGAGGAAAGGAGAGAGAAAAUGGGGGCACUGUGCUGCCAACAGCCCCUGCGGGUCUCGUGGGGUGUGUAUUCUGGGUGCACUCGCUGUGUCUUUGCCCACCAGGAAAGAGUGCCACCCUCUUCAGCCGCCACACCAAGGCCAUUGUGUGGGGCAUGCAGACCCGGGCUGUGCAAGGCAUGCUGGACUUUGACUACGUCUGCUCCCGAGACGAGCCCUCGGUGGCCGCCAUGGUCUACCCUUUCACUGGGGACCACAAGCAGAAAUUUUACUGGGGACACAAGGAGAUCCUGAUCCCUGUCUUCAAGAACAUGGCUGAUGCCAUGAAGAAGCACCCAGAGGUAGACGUGCUGAUCAACUUUGCCUCCCUCCGCUCUGCUUACGACAGCACCCUGGAGACCAUGAAUUAUGCCCAGAUCCGGACCAUUGCCAUCAUAGCUGAAGGCAUCCCCGAAGCCCUCACAAGGAAGCUGAUCAAGAAAGCAGACCAGAAGGGUGUGACCAUCAUCGGACCUGCCACUGUUGGAGGCAUCAAGCCUGGGUGCUUUAAGAUCGGGAAUACGGGUGGGAUGCUGGACAACAUAUUGGCCUCCAAACUGUACCGCCCAGGCAGCGUGGCCUACGUCUCACGCUCUGGAGGCAUGUCCAAUGAGCUCAACAACAUCAUCUCUCGGACCACAGAUGGCGUCUAUGAGGGCGUGGCCAUUGGCGGGGACAGGUACCCUGGCUCAACAUUCAUGGAUCAUGUGUUACGUUACCAGGACACUCCAGGAGUCAAAAUGAUUGUGGUUCUUGGGGAGAUAGGGGGCACUGAGGAAUAUAAGAUCUGCCGGGGCAUCAAGGAGGGCCGCAUCACCAAGCCCGUGGUCUGCUGGUGCAUUGGGACCUGUGCCUCUAUGUUCUCAUCCGAGGUCCAGUUUGGCCAUGCCGGAGCUUGUGCCAACCAGGCUUCUGAAACUGCGGUAGCCAAGAACCAGGCUUUGAAGGAAGCGGGAGUGUUUGUACCCCGGAGCUUUGAUGAGCUUGGAGAAAUCAUCCAGUCUGUGUAUGAAGAUCUUGUGGCCAAUGGAGUCAUUGUACCCGCUCAGGAGGUGCCGCCCCCAACAGUGCCCAUGGACUACUCCUGGGCCAGGGAGCUUGUAAGGCUGCCCAAGUACUCUUGCCAGUUUAUUGAGAUGUGUCUAAUGGUAACAGCUGAUCAUGGGCCAGCCGUCUCGGGGGCUCACAACACCAUCAUCUGUGCACGGGCUGGAAAGGACCUGGUCUCCAGUCUUACCUCGGGGCUGCUCACCAUUGGGGACCGGUUUGGGGGUGCCUUAGAUGCAGCAGCCAGGAUGUUCAGUAAAGCCUUUGACAGUGGCAUUAUCCCCAUGGAGUUUGUGAAUAAGAUGAAGAAGGAAGGAAAGCUGAUCAUGGGCAUUGGUCACCGAGUGAAAUCGAUAAACAAUCCAGACAUGAGAGUGCAAAUCCUCAAAGAUUACGUCAGACAGCACUUCCCUGCCACCCCGCUGCUCGAUUAUGCUUUGGAAGUGGAGAAGAUUACCACCUCAAAGAAACCAAAUCUUAUCCUGAAUGUGGAUGGUUUAAUUGGAGUUGCAUUUGUAGACAUGCUUAGAAACUGUGGGUCCUUUACUCGGGAGGAAGCUGAUGAAUAUAUUGACAUUGGAGCCCUCAAUGGCAUCUUUGUGCUGGGAAGGAGUAUGGGCUUCAUUGGACACUAUCUUGAUCAGAAGAGGCUGAAGCAGGGGCUGUAUCGUCAUCCGUGGGAUGAUAUUUCAUACGUUCUUCCGGAACACAUGAGCAUGUAACUAAGCUAGGAACCCUACUGCAGUAAAUCGAAGACAAGAACUCCUCCUUGGGAAAUAGUGUGCAGGCAGCUGGCAGUGGAGCCUGCUAUAGGAUGAGCAUGGAAUGUAAACAGCCACCGGUGUGCAGGGACCGAAGACCAACACCCACAGGCUAACUGCCGCUCAGUCCAUACAAAGAAGCUUAAUAUUUUUUUAUAAGCAUAGGAAUAAACACCAAGCCAAUACUUGUGACAUUUGCUCUGCUACCUGCUGUAUUUAUUAUAUGGAAGCAUCUAAACAUUUGUCAGGAUAACAUUCUUCCUCAUUCUAGGGUGUUGUGACGUUGCUUUCUUUUUUCUAUCAGUUAAAAAAAAUUUUUCCCUUGAGGAAGGGAAUGAAACUUUUAAGACCUCAACAUACUAUACAUUUAAAGCCCACUGAUGUCUUGUUUUUCCACUUCCUUUCUUCCUCCACAUAUAACACGAAGAAUAUCGUAUUAAUCUGAUUUUUAAGGAUCUUUUUGUAUGUUAUGUGUUAGAGUUUGUUUGUUAUCCCACUGAAAUGUCCUGUCUUGCAGACCAAAGUCUGCCUAUGUCAGAGGUAUGGGACCAUUGCAUCCUUAGCCAUUGUCACAUAAUGUGUGGAGUAGUAAUUUAAAGUAUAAAGUUGUAACGUACAUAUGUUUGAAAUGGAAACGCAAAGCAAAAAGCUGUGAAAUGUCUUGCGUCUUAUGUUGUCUGUAUUUAUGCAGCUGAUUUAUCUGUUACUGAAGUGUGGAUCCAAGGACUCCAGCUACUUGCAUAUAUAAUCCACAAAGAUUCUGGGCAGCUCGCACCUCAGUCUCUUCUCUGUAUCAUCAUAGUUUGGUUUAAAUAAACUAUAUACUAACAAUGAAGGCA